AUGACAUCCACCCUGGCUUCGUGCAUCUUUUGCAAGAUUAUCAAGGGCGAGAUCCCCUGCUUCAAGCUCUUCGAGAGCGACAAGACAUUGGCCUUUCUCGAUAUCAACCCGCUUAGUCGCGGUCAUGCUCUCGUCAUUCCCAAGCACCACGGUGCCAAGCUUGCUGAUAUCCCUGACGAGCACCUCUCGGAAAUUCUCGUCUGUCUUACCUCGCAAUUCUUUGGCAGUCCAUGCCACCAGCCUGUCGUCAAGAAACUCGUUGCCGCCAGCGGAGCCGAAGAUUACAACGUCCUCCAGAACAACGGCCGCAUUGCUCACCAGAUGGUCGACCAUAUUCCAAAGCCAAACGAGGCCGAAGGUCUUGGUGUCGGUUGGCCUCAACAGGCAACCGAUAUGGACAAGCUCAAAGCGCUGUUUGAGGACCUUAAGUCCAAGAUGUAA